AUGCCGCGCGAGCGCGCCACAAACGAGGAGGAGGCGGAGCUCUUGAGAGGGCACGAGUCGAAAGCGCGAAUGUCAGAAGAUGGCUCGGAAGCCUCGGGGUCCUCGAUAUCCACCAUGUCCCUCGUGCUCGAACACAUCAAUGACGGCCCGCCAAACCGCGCAUUGCAGCCCGGGCUGAACGAGAAGUACCGCGAUGAUGACGAGUACGUGCCCGGGCGUGCGCGCGAACAGCUGGACAUCGAAGACGGACGUUUCGAACCUCUCAAACCGGUUGACAAGAAGGCACGACGCUGGCUAUGGAUUGUAGCCACGAUAUGCGUCAUUGGCUGGGGCCUGGCGCUGGUGUCGUUCCUGUACAACGGCAACUACAAGCACGUAUCUACACGCCCACACGAUCCUCUGGCGAGCUCUACAAAGGGCUCAGGAAAGAAAGUCACCCUCGAUCAGGUCAUGAGCGGCCAGUGGUACGCGAACACACAGAGUGUGUCGUGGAUCGCAGGACCAAAUGGCGAGGACGGUUUGCUGCUCGAGAAGGGCGUUGCUGGCAAAGACUAUCUUGUCGUUGAGGAUAUUAGGAACAAGGACAAGAAGGAUAGUAGAGGACAUACCACUUUGAUCAAGGAGAGCAGCUUCAAGGUCGGCGACUCGUACAUCUACCCCAGCGCGGUGACGCCGAGCAAAGACUUUAAGAAGGUGCUUGUUCAGUCCGGGUACCAGAAGAUCUACAGACACUCUUCCACCGGCCUGUACUGGAUCUUCGAUGUUGCAACACAGACAGGCGAGCCUCUUGAUCCCGAGAACCCGAAUGCUAGGAUCCAGAUUGCAUCCUGGUCACCCCAAUCGGACGCCGUCGUCUUCACCCGUGACAACAACAUGUUUAUUCGUAAGCUUGACUCGAACAAAGUCACUCCAAUUACGCAAGAUGGUGGCGCCGAGCUCUUCUACGGAGUUCCAGACUGGGUAUACGAAGAAGAGGUCUUCCAGGGCGACAGCGCGACGUGGUGGUCUGAGGACGGCAAGUACGUCGCCUUCCUUCGCACAGAUGAGUCAACUGUUCCUACGUACCCGGUGCAGUACUUCCUCUCCCGUCCUAGCGGAGAGCGCCCAAAGUCCGGUGAGGAGAACUAUCCAGAGGUUCGCGACAUCAAGUACCCCAAGGCUGGCGCACCCAAUCCUAUUGUAUCUCUUCAGUUCUACGACGUCGAGAAGCGCGAGGUCUUCAACAUCGAGAUCGAAGACGACUUCGCUGAUGACAACCGCCUUAUCACCGAGAUUGUCUGGGCUGGGUCCACGAAGCAGGUUCUUGUUCGCGAGACAAAUCGCGAAAGCGACACGCUCAAGCUUGUCCUUAUGGAUGUGCAGAAGCGCACAGGCAAGACUAUCAGGACCGAGAACGUUGCAGAGCUGGAUGGUGGAUGGAUGGAAGUGUCGCACACAACUACUUUCGUCCCUGCCGAUCCAUCGAACGGCCGCCCUCACGAUGGCUAUGUUGACACUAUCAUUCACGAAGGCUACGACCACAUUGGCUACUUCACACCUCUGGAAAAUGCUAAGCCUAUCUUGCUCACACAGGGCGAGUGGGAGGUUGUAGACGCGCCAUCGCGUAUCGAUCUCAAGAACAACCUUGUCUACUACAUCUCCACCGAGCACGACUCGACCGAGCGCCAUGCAUACGCCGUCAAGCUCGACGGUACCGGCAAGCAAGAAGUCAUCGAGAACAGCGGAGUAGGCUACCACUCUGCAUCCUUCUCUAAAGGCGGCUCCUUCGCUCUGAUCAGCUACAAGGGCCCCGGCAUCCCCUGGCAGAAAAUCAUCUCCACGCCCUCCAGCUCUGAGAAGUUUGAGAAGGUCCUCGAAGAAAACAAAUCCCUCGAGCGCUUCGCUGCAGCCCACGAGCUCCCCAUUCUGAAGUAUCAAACCAUCGAAGUAGACGGCUUCAAACUCAACGUCCUCGAACGCCGACCGCCGCACUUCAGCGAAAAGAAAAAAUACCCCGUGCUCUUCUACCAGUACUCCGGACCUGGCAGCCAGCAAGUUGAUCGCCAGUUCACGGUCGACUUUGAGUCGUUCAUAGCCUCGUCGCUAGGCUACAUCGUCGUUACAGUCGACGGCCGCGGCACAGGCUUCCUCGGGCGUAAACUGCGCUGCAUAACGCGCGGUAACAUCGGGCACUAUGAAGCACUCGACCAGAUCGCGGCGGGCAAGAUCUGGGCGAAGAAGGAAUACGUCGAUGAAGACCGCAUGGCGAUCUGGGGGUGGUCGUACGGCGGGUUUCAGACGCUGAAGACGCUUGAGACGGACGCAGGUGAGACAUUCAAGUAUGGGAUGGCUGUUGCGCCCGUCACGGACUGGCGGUUCUACGACUCCAUAUACACCGAGCGCUACAUGCACACGCCGCAACACAACACCGCCGGAUACGACAAUACCUCGAUCUCAGACGUCAACUCCUUGAGCCAAAACGUCCGCUUCCUGGUCAUGCACGGCAUCGCAGACGAUAAUGUGCACAUGCAGAACACACUGACCCUCCUCGACAAGUUGGAUGUCGCGGGCGUCGAGAACUACGACGUCCAUGUUUUCCCGGACUCGGAUCAUAGUAUCUACUUCCACAACGCGAAUCGCAUCGUGUACGACAAGCUGACGUGGUGGCUCACGAAUGCGUUUAACGGCGAGUGGCUGCGGCUGCAGAAUGUGCGGCCCAAGGCGAUGAGCGAGGGCAAGGAGAAGCGACGAUAG